AUGGCGAAGACGGCCAAGGUCAAGAAGAAUGCUACGGCAAAUCCACGGUCACGAGCGUCUAAGAGAGCCACCUCCCCGUCCAUUGAUGUUGACAAAUCCCUAAUCGAGGCUCCUCGGGCCUCAGGGUCAACCCCACUCCUAGCCCCUCGACCAAACAGCGGUGUCACUAAGGCGAAGAAGAAACAGAAGCCUCUGACAAAAGGUCAGCGACGGCGACAAGAGAAAGGCCUGGCAAGAGCAGAAGUGGUGCAGGACCAACUCUCUAAGAAGGUGGAUGAUGCGGGUUCUAGGUUAAAGAAACGUCGAGACAGAAAGAAGCUGUGGGACGAUGUCAACAGUAGCGCCUCAAAUUUCGACAAGAUGAAGGCAAUUCUAGGAGAGAACGCAGACGACGCGGAGGACGACGGUUGGGUCGAUGAAGAAAUGGAGGAUAGUAUGAAUGAUGUGAAGAUCGUGGAGGGUGUGCGAGUGCCUGUCUCCGCUCCAGCGACGAAGCUAGUCGUCGUUGACGGAACAGCGUCCGCUCCAACUACCGACGUCGAGGACGAGGUGGAUAAGAUAACAUGA